CAAUAUUAAAAAAAAUAGAUGGAUAUUUAAAUUGAAUACGAGGGAAAAACUGAUACAUACUAUGGUGUUUCCUCAUAUGAAGAACUUAUACAAGAAAUAUUGCAAAAAUAUUCAAUUAUUACUGAUAUUGAUUUAUCUUAUUAGGAUGAAGAAGGUGAUACAAUUUAAGUGUCAAACACAAGUGAUUUAUAUGCAAUUGUAGGACUUUUAAUUUUAUUAUUUAGAAUGAUUUCCAAUAAGUACUAAUUCAAAUGCAUGCAACUAUUGAUUAAGAAAAAUUAUUGAAUUUAGAGAAGGAGAAGAAAAAGUAAGAAGUUAGAUAAAAAAAAAUUAAAGAACAAUAAUAAAAGAAAUAAUAAGUAAAAUGAAAUUAAUAUUAUAAAGGCAAUUGAAAAUGAAUUAUAGACACUAGCUAAAUUGUAAUAAGAGUUUGCACAAAAUUAAUAAUAAGAUGAAUAUGAACUUGAAUAGUUAAUUCAAGAAUAAUUAAAACUCGAGUCAUAUAAGCCAGAUCCCCUUCCAGAUUUUGAAAUAGCAUUAAAUGAAGCUAACUUAUUUGAUAGGAUUAAAGAAAAAGAAGAAUAAUUAUUAUAUUUAGAUGUAAUUUAUUUUGAAAUAUAAUAAUAUAGGAUAAGAAGGGAUUUGAAACUUAAUUAAAAACAAUUUAAAAAGAAAUUCAUGAUAUUUUCCAUUCAAUAUAUGAAGAAAGAAAGAAUUAGUAUUAAGAAAAUUAUAAGAGAUGGAAUUAAACAAAAUAGAGUUUAGUAAAGAAUGGAGAAUAGAUAGAAAAAAAGAGAUAAAAGAUUAAGAAAUAAAAAGAUUCUUUUGAAGUAAAAUUGCAAAAUCAUUAAGAAAAAUUGCAAAAACUUUAACAUGGAUUAGAAAAAUGUGAUGAUGAUACAGAGUGAAUAAAAUAUAAAUAAUAUCAUUAU